UUCCAAUUCUCUUCAAGAUGGAAGAUUUCCCCAAUACAAUCGUCUUCUGGAACUCGGAGGACUACCCAAUCCCUUGUGGUGCCCAUCUUUCUUCUGCUAUUCGUAAUAUCGAAGAAGCUCUUAAUCGAAAGGGCUUUCAUGGGUUCGUGGAUAUCCAAGCGUAUGGUGACCAUCUGAACCAGGUCGAGUUGCGGAAGGCCCAAAUCACCUACUUCGAACCAGAAACUUCACGGGGUUUGAGUUCGGCUGUUUCCAGAAUGCCUAUAGAUAUGAUUCAGGACGCAGCAACGAGUGCUGACCCACCAACUUUUAUGGUAAUCGCAAAACACCCAGAGAGGGAGUGGCACAGGGUUCUUCAGUGUUUGCAAUCCAGAAAUCACACUGUUCUCGUACUAGAGCCCCCUGAUGACACCGCUUUUGAUGAUGUAGAAACACUAGUUCAAUGUACUCGAGUCCCCCAAAUCUUGGAAGCUCGCUCCAAGAUCCAAGAUUUCUCCGAGCCUCUCACACACGCCAAAGGGGAUAAGACAGUCGUCUUCUGGGACGUCGUGGAUUGCCCAUUCCCUACUCGUUGUUCCGAUGCUGAUGAGAUCUUCCGCAAAAUCGACAAAGCUCUCUCACCCUGGGGUGAGACGUCAAUCUGGGCUUAUGUCGAUGAGAGUAGCGACGGGGCAUGGAGUGGUGAGUGUCUGCGUGACAAGACGUGGGAUUCCAGAAUCUACUUUCUUCCCGGAGGUGAAUCGAGACCUCAAAGAAUGUUAAAUGACAUUCUUUUAUUGUUGUCACUGGACUCUCCUGCCGAGCGUUAUACAACAAGAUUGGUCGUAGUCUCAGAUCAGAUCACAGAUGACACGUACUUCUUCGAUAGGCUUGAAUAUUUCAGUGAUAACUGUGUCUUUGUUAACUUAGUUACUCCGACUCGGGACAUCAACGAUCCAGAUAGCACUGACUGGCCACAAUUGCUAAUAGAUGAAGCAUACUUUUUCGAACCUUCUCCCGAGACACAUGAAGAGGAUGCACAAGUCUUCUGGAACUUGGAGGACUACCCAAUCCCUGAUGGUUUCCGUCUUCCUUCUUUUCGCCGUAAUAUCGAAAAAGCCCUUAAGAGAAUGGGCUUUGGUGGGCACACGUACUUCCAGGCGUAUGGUGACCGUCUGAACCACGGCAGAGCUGCGUUGCGGAAGGCCCGAGUCGAGUACUUCUUACCCGAAGGGGGUGACUAUUCGGCUGUUUCCAGAAUGCCUCUGGAUAUGAUUAUGCACGCAGCCACGACGGGACCAUCAACAUUUUUGAUAAUCGCAAAACAAAGCCCAGAGAGGGAGUGGCGCAGGGUUCUUCAGUGUUUGCAAUCGAGAAAUCACACUGCUAUCGUAGUAGAUGACACCGCACAAUCUUUAAAAUCAGUGGUUAAACGUAUACGAGUGUUAGAUGGAGAGAAGCCUAUAAGCAAAAGCUCCAAGAUCCAAGAUUUCUCCGAGCCUAUCACACACGCCAAAGGGGAUAAUACAGCCGUGUUCUGGGACGUCGUGGAUUGCCCAUUCCCUCUUUGUUCCGAUCCUGAUGAGAUAUAUCGCAGAAUCGAGGAAGCUCUUCGUGGAAGUGGUUGUACAGCUGAGAUAUCAAUCUGGGCUUAUGUCGAUGAGAAUAACGACGGGCCUUGGAGUGGUGAGUUUCUGCGUAACAGGACGUGGGAUUCCAGAAUCUACUUUCUUCCCGGAGGGGCCUCGAGACCUGAAAGAAUGUUGAAUGACAUGUUUUUAUGGGAAAUGGACUGUCUUGUGGACCAUUCUAAUCCAGCAAAGAUGAUCCUAGUCUCAGAUCAAGUCAGAGAGGGGACGGAUUUCUUCCGCACAUAUGAAGAUUUGAAUGGGACAUCAGGUUUCCGUGUUAGCUUAGUAACUCCGACUCAGGACGUGAACAAAGCAGAAAGCCCUGAAUGGCCUCGACUGCUAUUAGCUGAAACAGCAAUCCUUUUUGGUUCCAAAAGCGAACUCAUAGAGCAUGCAGCCGAAGAAGUAAUACAAGUCUUCUGGAACUCGGACGACUACCCAUUCCCUGAUAAGUACGAUUUUUGUUCUAUUGUUUUGUCUAUCGAUGAAGAUCUUGAGGAAAUGGGCUUUAAUGGGAUUCCGGAAAUCUGGGCGUAUGGUGACCAUCCGAACGACGGCAUAGAGAGAUUGAGCAAGACCGGAAUAACGUACCACUUAUCCGAAAGUUCAAUCGGUGACUGUUCGGCUGAUUCCAGAAUGCCUCUGGACAUGCUGUUAUGCGCAGCCACGAGGGGACCAUCAAAGUUUUUGGUAAUCGCUAAACAGAGGCCAGAAGGGGAGUUGCAGAGGGUUCAGCAGUGUUUGAAAUCCAGAAACCACACUGUUGUCCUAGUGGAUGACACCGCGCAAGAUUGGUCAAUACUAUCACUAGCUGAUUGUACACAAGUGUUAGGUGGAGGAGAGGUUUCACAAGUUUUACGUGAAAGCAAAAGUCUAGACACUGAGCGAACCACAGGGGAGCAGACGGCCGUCUUCUGGAACUUGGAGGAUGUCCCGUUUCCUCGUUAUUGCGAUCCUGAUCUCGAUCAUCCUGAUAUCAUCUAUCACAAAAUGGUAUAUUCUCUUCGUAGGUUGCGCCCUACAGUCUAUGUUUAUGUUCACGAGAAGGAGGGGUCUUGGUAUCUGCAUCUGCGUGACAAGACGUGGGAUUCCAGAAUCUACUUCUACUUUCUUCCCGGAGGGGCCUCGGGACGUAAUAGAAUGUUAAAUGACAUUCUUUUAUGGCAUAUGGACUCUCCUAACGAGCAUUCUGAUCCACCACAGUUGAUCGUAGUCUCAGAUUAUGUCUAUAGCCCGUCUCUCUCCCGGAUGUGGGAUUAUUUGCAAUCGACAUGUCACUACAGGGUUCGCUUCGUAACUAGUAGGCCUGGGCACGUCGAAUACCUUUCUUGUAGCGGUAGCGAAAGCGAAAGCGAAAGUUCAGAACCUAAUCCCAAAAGGCGUCACGAGAUAUACGAAUGAGAUCUACGUAUUUAUAUCAAAAACUCAGUUCUAGUGUCAACUUCUACUUAUUACUCUAGACACAACUCUAGUGUUAAUUUUAUUACUCUGUCUUAUAUUUAAUGGGUUUGACUUUCUUGAACAGCAGAACAAGUUACUGUCUGUUGCACGAAUUUUAGUAACAUCUAUCCCGGUAAA